ACCACGUCUAAAUACUUUUCGAUCUCGAGAAAGAAAUGGUCGAUGAAAAUAAACGGGAGCUCUCGUCCUUUUCGAGAGAGGGAGAAUCGCCUUGGACGUCUACGCUUGGUUUAGACGUUUCACGGGUUACCAACCGUGUGCGCGCGUGCACGCUCCGUCACUCCCGUUGGCACACGUACGUGCCUGAUGGAGAAAUAUGGCUUCGAGAGAGAGUAACCUUCCUGCACUGUACGCAGAGUUGAGUAAAUUGGGACAAAACGGAGAAUACGAGAGAGCUUUGAAAACCGCAAACAAGAUCCUGGGCAUCUCGCAAGAUGAAGAGGCAGCGUUCCAGUGCAAGAUCAUUUGCUACAUCCAGCUGUCCAAGUUCAACGAGGCGUUACAAGCUAUCGUUAAAAGCCCCAAAUUGGCAACCAAUCUGGAAUUCGAAAAGGGAUAUUGCCUCUAUCGAUUGAAUCGAGUUUCCGAAGCGUUAAAAGUGAUCGGAACCGUGCAGAGUCCUUCCUUGAGGAUGAAGGAGCUAAAGGCCCAGAUACUGUAUCGUCUGGAGAGAUACGAACAAUGUUUCGCGGUAUACAGGGAUAUUGUCAAGAAUUCGCACGACGAGUACGAGGAGGAGAGAGAAACGAAUCUCGCGGCCGUGCUUGGAAACUUGGCGACCGAGAGUUCGGACUUGGAGGUUCCUUCCUUGCGCGAGCACACGUACGAGCUGACGUAUAACGCGGCGUGCCGUUUACUCGCGCAAGGUAGCAGAGACGACAGAGCGAUCUUACUGGAAGCGGAGAGGAAACUGAGAACAGCCGAGAGGAUGUGCAAGGAGGGCUUGGAGGAGGACGGAGCAUCCGAGGAGGAGAUUGAGAAUGAAUUGGCCGUGAUUCGAGUACAGCUCGGCUACUGCCUGCAAUUGCAAGCCCGUGAAAAAGAAGCUCAAGCGUUGUACGCUGCUGCUCUGAAAGUCAAGCCGGAUGACAUUGCGUUGAUCGCCGUGGCUAGCAAUAAUCUGGUAUGCCUAAACAAGGAUCAGAAUGUUUUCGAUAGCAAAAAGAGAAUGAAGAGUGCCACUCACGAGAGCCUCGAGCACAAACUCACCUCCAGACAGAGGAGAAACAUUGCGUACAAUCAGUGCUUGUUGGCAUUUUAUACCGAUCAGGGCGAGCAAUGCCACCAACUGUGCGAUAAUCUUGCAAAGGAUCACGUUGCGCUCGCGGCAGAGGCAAUGUUCGUCAAGGCUAUACAACUUGGUAAGGAAGGUAAAGCGAAAGAGGCAGCGAGACUGUUGAUGGAGCACGCGAUAGGGGACAACGAGUUGCCUAUGAAAUUGGCUAGCGUACAAUUACUCUUGAGUCAGGACGAGAGGAAAGAGGCGAUCGCCAUUCUCGAGAACCUCAACGAGAGGGAUGGAUCUCUGCCUGGACUGGUCAGUGCGCUCGUGACGCUUCACAUGGCCGAUAACGAUCGUGAAAGAGCAUCGGUCGCUUUAAAAAAUGCAGUGGCUUACUACAAAAGGAACAAGGAAACGACGGAAAAUUUGGGAGAAUUGUGGCGACAAGCUGCCAACUUUUAUUUACGCGCCGGAGAGAUCAAGGUGGCAGCCGAUAUCUUGCAAGAAUUGGUCGAUGCCUCGCCGUCCGACACCAAGACCCUGGCUCAGUUGGUAGUCGCUUAUGUACAGUUUUGUCCUACUAAAGCGCAGUUGUUGUCGAAAAAAUUACCGCCGCUUCGCGAUCUCGCCGAAACUACCGAUGUCGACGCGUUGGAGAGUAGCAAUUGGGUUAUCGGCACCAAAGUAGUCAAGAAGAAGGUUGAACCUUCCCCUGGGAAACCGGUAUCGGACGUAAAGAUGCAAAAGAAGCACAAGAAACGUAAACGCAGAGGUAAGUUGCCAAAGAACUACGAUCCAAACGUUGCGCCGGAUCCAGAACGAUGGUUACCGAGACACGAACGUAGCGGGUUCCGUAAAAAGCGGGACAGGAGGAACAGAGAUACUAUGAAAGGAACGCAAGGGGCUGCUACAGGAGCCAGCGAUCUUUACGACAUCACUAAAAUGCCUGCAAACGCCAAGCCUUCCCCAAAUCCUCGUCACAGUCCCGCGGUGGAAACCUCUGGACCACGUCAGCAGCAACGCAAGGUCCAACAAAAGAAGAAGAAGAAGGGCAGCAAGUGGUAACGCGAUUGUUACCUCAUUCCAUUAAAUCCAUUCUUUUGAUACGCAUAUUAGAGAUGCACGUAGUUUGGAAAGAAGAAAAAAACGACUUUCUUACCCAGCGAUGCAAAGUAAGCGAUGUGAGGACAGUCGAAUCAGAUUUGCUACCGUGUAGCUGUGUCUUGUUGAGACACCAGAUGUAAUACUGCCAUUAUCGAAAGGAGAAUGAAAAAGAUGCUCUUGUAUCUCGAUUAUGCUUGCGUAUUAAGACCCGCGAUCUAUCUUAUAAAUUACUUUUUCUUUAUGUCCUUGUACAUAAACGCCGUUUGAAAAAAUUUGUAAAAGUCUUUGGCACUACGUGAGUACGGUAUAGACAAUUAUACACCAUAUGCAUG